CACCAGGAGGGGGUGGAGACAAUAACAAGGGCAGGUAAAACAGAUCAGGGUGUGACAGUUAGAGGAUUCAAUAAAACUACAACUUGCUGUAUGUAACCUCUCCCUUCUUUGGUUGACACAUGAAUGACGUCUCCAGUAUUUCAGCCAGUGUUUUUUUGAGGAGCGCCACUUGCUGUUUGUGUAUUGGAGGCACGUGGAGGGCAAGCAGUUACGACAGAUCAUAAACGAUUGAAUGUCAAGAAAAACGGUGACAUUUAGAUGCACAUUUUUCUCGCCGUCUGUCAGCAGCUAUAGGCCUACGCUUGAUCUUGUUUACGAAGUGCAUGGUUUAUAGCUGUUUAGUAGUUUGUCUUCAUAGUUCGAAGGAUGUCUUCAGGUACUGGGAGUCAGACUACUAGUUGGGGAGUCCCUAUCACCCACAGUGUCACCAUCAAUAAUACAUCAGAGUAUUCUACAACACCAGGAGGAACACUCUUUAGUAUGACCCCUAGACCCACUCCAAUUUUGUCGAUCGACCUCCACCAAACCCACCCAGUUACACAAAACAUCUACGACCGGAAGUUCCUCCUGGAGUGUCAAACCUCCCCUCUGACAUGCACCCCUCCCUGUCUUCCUGAUAUUCCAGGGGUAACCAACCCCCUCUCAAACAACACUACGACUGACACAGCCCACCCCAAACAGACCCCCAACAACCACAAUCCCCCAGUAGACAAGAGUGCAGGGGAGGAUGCUCAAUUUGAAAUGGACAUUUAGCCAUUUGGUGGAUCUGCUGGAUCUGCAGACUUGAGGAUGACAAUGAAAGAGUGACUCAUGUUUAAACGGUCUUUUUGGAAACAGCACAGCAUACUGAAAUGAAUGAAGACUGCAUUAUUGAAGUGAUGCAUUAUUAUGUGCAGUCAUAAUUCUAAUCGCUCAGGAAGAGAAAAAAUGUACAUACAAUCUCUCUAUUGAUUUAAUAUUAUUUACUAAUUGUUAGUCAUUAUCCUGUCUUAAAGAUGAAGCAUUUGAAUGAUAUGUUUGAGUCUUCUCCAGUAGCAUUUUGUAAGGAUACCAUUCUCAGGCUUGUUCUUUGUCUGGUUCUUUGUUAAGUUGUAUUCGGGUAAUAAGUUGUUGAUUGUAAAACUAGGGCUACAUUUUGCAGAAUAAUUUUUCUCCAGAAGAACUAAUAAAAGACAAUCAUACUUUCUACUAUCCUUUUGUGUUACUAUUAAAUAAGAUAAGAGUAUGCAACUUUCUAAAAUAUCCCAUGUUGUUAAAAAAUACAAGUCCUGUGAAAACCAUAGAUGGAGACGGAAAUAAAUUGAGGAUUUAUUAAACAAAAGGUUCAUGUGACAUUUUACAGAUAUUUCGUCCUUUAUGAAAUAAUACUUCUCGCAUGAAUAUGUACUCUUUUUUUAAACCAUAUGAUUACCAGGUCACACAGUGGAAUUAAAGUGCUUUAGGGGUCAACAUUGACAAUGGCAACUUAAAUGUGUCCUUGUAUCUGCUAUUGUCUCAAUCAUGAGUCCUUAUGCAUAAUACAUGUAUGCUGUCAGGAGAUCUCAGUUUAAAAUCCUUUCGAGUGAUUCUCUUGAUCCUUUUCAGUGCUUGUGUUCAGAGUCUGCUUCAGUGUCCAGUACAUCCAUAUAGUUUAGCAUGGCUGAAGGCAGCAGCUGCCCUACUAGAAUAGCC